UGUAGGCGGCAGCCUCGGCUACGGGGGCCGGUUGAGAUCAGCUCGUCCGCGCCUGUCGCCUUUCCUCGGUCGGAAGAAUCGGCCGCUCGGCGCAUUCCUUUUCGAAAUGAUUCCUGUGCUGUGAUACGAGGUUUGGGCGAACUCUUCAUUGGACCCGGCAAAAAAAAAACUUUCGAUAUCAACUUGGAAAUUGCGGCCUGGAAUCGGGUUGAGGCCCUGGCCCCUCUCUCAGUUCCCAGUGAAGUCGCCGCAGGUCCGACCGAGUGGAGGUAAACACGGGGAAGCAAGGUGUUAACACUGCAUGUGGAGGUUGGAGGGGAAUAAGUUUGAACACAAUAACCGCUCCAACACGAAAGACGUGGAGAGGGGUUCAGUAACCAUAGUGCUGCUGUUGAAACGUCAACUCUUUUCUUCUCCGCUGAUGCUGCCAGACCUGCUGAGUUUUUCCAGUAUCAUGAACGUAGCAGCAUUUCCUUCUCCAACCGCUGAUAUGGCAGAAAUUAACCGUAUCCAGUAUGAGAUGGAUUACACUGAAGGCAUUAGCCAGCGAAUGAGAGUUCCCGAGAAACUACAGGUUGCAGCGGACGAUGUUGAAGACAAAUGGGCAAAAGGAGAUUGUCAAAGCACCACAGUUGUGAUGGAGGUGCCAGAAAGGAUUUUCAUAGCAGGUGACCAUAACAAUUCCAGACCAAGGGAUCUUGAUCUCAUGUCAUCAACCCCUACAGAACCUUUGGCAUUGAAGACCCCUCCUCGCGUGCUCACUUUAAGUGAGCAACCUUUAGAUUUCUUGGAUCUUGAGCAACCUGUUGCUCCAACACCGCAGAAUGAGGAAGUUCGUUCACAUAGUCGUGUGCGGAGGGAGCGUUCAAUGAGUGAAAAUGCUGCCCGACAGAAUGGGCAGCUUGUCAGAACAGAGUCCAUUGUGACACCAACUCCCCAGCCUCAGCCUCAGCCUCGUCUUUAUCCUCCACUCAUCUCCUCUGAAGACGGACCAAACGCAUACUCUCCUCAUGGCAUUUUGUCAAUAAUCCACUCCACCACCCGUAGGGCCUACCAGCAAGUCUUGGACAUGCUAGAUGAAAAUCGCAGAAGAGCAGUACUUCAUGGUGGGUCAAGUUGUGCUACUUCAUCUAACCCUCUGCUUGAUGGCUCCAGGUAUAGUAUUUCCAACUAUGAUUCUGCAGUGGAAGGAACACCAGAUGACAUGGCUCUAGUGGAUUCUGUUUCCUUACGAAGACAGAUAAUUAAACUCAACCGUCGACUCCAGCUCCUGGAGGAAGAAAACAGAGAGCGCACGCGUCGAGAAAUCUUUAUUUACUCAAUCACAGUGGGGUUCUGGUUGAUCAAUAGCUGGCUUUGGUUCCGGCGCUGAGUAGACAUUUUAUGAAUCAGAUCAUGUGCUAACUGAACAACAGGUGUUUUCAAAACCAGCUGGUGACAUGAAGGGCCAGAGAUUGUUUAUUGCUUCUUCUGUACCAUACAGACUUCCUUGAGGUCCAUGCACUGAUUGCACACUCCAUACAACACAGGAAAAGGAAUCAUGGGGACAAAGGGAUGCUUUGUUGCUUCAUUUAAAAAUAUUUAUUACAUCACUUCAUAAGACGUUUAUCGACACAUUGUGCAUGCCUGUGAUUAGGGAAUGUGUAGCUUUCAGGACUUUUAAACAUGUUAUUGAACCUGAUGUGCAUGUGACUGUAUAGGUCCCGUAGAGGGGGUGUUUUGGAACAGAACAAAGAAUAAAGCUAACAAACUGGGUUUUUUUUUUGAAUUUAUGACUUAUUGAUCAGAAGAAUUACAUAUAAAUUGCAGGAGUUUUAUGUGAAGGGAUGUACAUAAACGUAUUGUGUAUGUAUUCCAUUGUCACAUGAAGAUAAAUUUCUGGUUAUGGGUCCCUAUGUUUUCUGUUUUUGCACUGCGUUUGAAAGGAAUACUGUGGGUAAGGCAAUUAAACCUUUCCUUUUUGAGUAUGCAUCAAAAAUGUAUCCUCCUUUCAUUUUGAAUUUUUGUCAUGCGAAUCUACCAUCUGGUUGGGACUGAUACAUAUUUGGUUGUGCACUGAAAUGCCAGUAUGCUUGCCUUUUAGCUCCUAGCAUUCCUGUGCUCCACUGAAAGCAAUUAGCAGCAUAGGGUGCGAAGAGUUGAAGCCAACCCCCAGUAUUUCAUUUGAGCAUCUAUCCUCUGAAACUGUGUGAAUGGAUCUGUUCUGUUAGUACUUCUCUGCAGUAGAAUUCUCCAAAAAUUGUUUGUAAAUAUAUGCGAAGAAGCAGGUUGAUGGGGGGAAAUAUGUUUUUCCAUGAAUGCUGCAAGAGGCCAUUCUGCAGCUUUGACCUAACGUAUUCCAUUAAUUUUUGGAUCGGAAAAGUAUUUACAUUGUAAAGAUUUCAACUAAAUGAUGUAUCUUUGAGUAUAUUCUCUACUUUGUACUUGACCUGCAGAUACACAAAUUUAAAUCUUGACCUUGUUAAAGACGCUUACUGCAGGAGCGUUGAAUGCAAACAACUUUAAAGGAAGCAUACUUCUAGGUUUACGCUAUGUAAAUUUUUAAAGUAGCAAACAUUUUUUUUUCUAUUGUACCUUUUAUGUGAAGAAAGCUUGCGCAAGAUUAUCAGAAGUACAAUUGUGUGUGUAAAUAUAGUUGACUCUAUACAAUGUGGCAAUAAAUAAAAUUAAGUCUGAA